UCUCACCCAUCCAAACCAUCUCUAUUUUAUACUCUAGAGAGAGAGAGAGAGAGAGAGACAGACGGACAGCAAGAGAGAGAAACAAAGCAUCACAAAAUUCAAAUAUUUUUGAUGGGUUCAUCUUCUUCUCCAUCAGCAACACCAUAUAUCAACGGAGAAAUCAAAGGCGGUUGGAAAAGAUCACAGAUCAGUCCCACCAGUUAUGAUUACUCUUUCAAGAUUCUCGUUAUUGGAGAUUCAGGUGUUGGUAAAAGUAGUCUUCUUCUUAGUUUUAUCUCCUCUUCUGAAGACCCUCUUCAAGAUAUUUCUCCUACAAUUGGUGUUGAUUUCAAGAUGAAGAUGCUUGCGGUUGAAGGAAAACGACUCAAACUAACCAUAUGGGAUACAGCUGGACAGGAAAGGUUUGGGACACUAACAAGCUCAUACUACCGCGGUGCACAUGGAAUCAUUCUCGUUUAUGACGUUACCCGAAGAGAAACAUUUACAAACUUAUCAGAAAUAUGGGCACGGGAAGUUGAUCUCUACUCCACGAACCCUGAUUGUGUCAAGAUUCUAGUCGGAAACAAGGUCGAUAGGGACGUUGAGAGGGCUGUAACGGUUGAAGAGGGAAUGGCGCUUGCAAAAGAACAUGGUUGUUUAUUUUAUGAAUGUAGUGCUAGAACUAGAGCAAAUGUACAACAAUGUUUUAAAGAUCUUUCCCUAAAGAUACUGGAUAAACCGGGUCUACUGGAGCAAGGAUCGGUAGUAGUGAAGAGACAAAUCUUGAAGGAGAAGCAACUUUCCCUGAAGAAAAGAAGUGACAACUGUUGCUCUUAAUCGUAUCUUUUACGAUUCUUUUUUCUGAUGGUUUUGACCUGGGAUGGUCAAACCUGUUGCUGCAUUCUCCAUGGUCAACGGCGUUAUCCAUGUUAUCGGGCUUGAAAAGAAGUGGAGCUUAUCAUAUACUGCUUUGUAGCUUAAAUUGCAUAGGCGUAUUUUGUUUAUUUGUUGAAUCUUUUGUUGCGGUAUGGUCUCGUUAGAGUCCCCCUUGGAGUUUUGACCGGUUUCGGUUUAAGAUGUCCGAAUGGAAGCCCUGUUACGGGGUGGCAGUAAAUAGUUAUGCAUUAUCAUCGUGUUUUUUUUUUGUUAUACGAUGUUUUUGAAGUA